AAAAAAACAUAAGCUUAACAAAGAUAUAGCUAAUGAACUCAAAAUCUGGGUAAACGACCAACUUCUUUUAAUUAAGAAAUGCGAAUCUUGCGAUCAAUUUAAAGAAUCUGAUAUUUUUAAUAAAAUGAUACAUUUAGUCCAAGCUCAUCGUGUCAUCGUGCUUCCGAAAUUUAUAUCAACAGGUUUAAAGGAUUGUACAUGGAUGUGGUAUUAUUUGAGAAGUGAUACGGAGAAUGAAAUAUGUAAUAUUUGCAACAAGGAAUAUAUCAUUGCACACCGAUUCAGUAUUAUUGCGCAUGGGUCAACUUCACAUCCUCGUUCAUAUAAUCCAUUAGAAAAACAUAAUAACUUUACUCCUACUGAAACCAAUGGAGUAAAAUGUAAUUAUUGUUCUCAAAUUUAUAUGCCAUUCUUGAAUCCAAGUACGAAUAUGCAAAAACACUUGACAAGUAAACAUGAGCUUAACGAAAAUAUAGCUAAUGAACUCAAAAUCUGGGUAAACCAGCAACUUGAUAUAAUUAAGAAAUGUGACAUUUGCGAUCAAUUUAAAGAAUCUGAUAUUUUUAAUAAAAUGGUACAUUUAGUCGAAGCUCAUCGAGUCAUCGUGCUUCCGAAAUUUAUACCAACAGGUUUAGAGGAUUGUACAUGGAUGUGGUAUUAUUUGAGAAGUGAUACGGAGAAUGAAAUAUGUAAUAUUUGCAACAAGGAAUAUAUCAUUGCACACCGAUUCAGUAUUAUUGCGCAUGGGUCAACUUCACAUCCUCGUUCAUAUAAUCCAUUAGAAAAACAUAACUUUACUUUUAUUGAAAUCAACGGAGUAAAAUGUAAUUAUUGUUCUCAAAUUUAUAUGCCAUUCUUGAAUCCAAGUACGAAUGUGCAAAAACACUUGACAAGUAGACAUGAGCUUAACGAAAAUAUAGCUAAUAAACUCAAAAUCUGGGUAAACCAGCGACUUGAUAUAAUUAAGAAAUGUGACAUUUGCGAUCAAUUUAAAGAAUCUGAUAUUUUUAAUAAAAUGGUACAUUUAGUCGAAGCUCAUCGAGUCAUCGUGCUUCCGAAAUUUAUACCAACAGGCGUAACAGAAAUAGUACACAAUCUUUUUCUUGGUGAUGGAAACAAUGUAGAUAGUUCAACGUUAAGCAGCAAUCAGCAGCCAACUUGUAAUACUUCGAGAACUGACGUUGAGAAUGUUGAUUCCGAUUUAAAUACCGAUAGGACUGUGGAGUUUACUGAAAAAGAUAAUUGGACUGAAUAUAUGCGUAAUUAUUAACACUUCUUUUUUUAUUUAAC